UUCUGGCUCACCGUAAUGCCCAUAAACAAAGAGGCCAUCACCCCGACACUACUUCCAGCGUCCGCCACCACGUGGCGCUGUGCUACAGAACACGUGACAUCGGAUCCAGCACUCUCCCCCGUCCGGCGACGCCCCGGCCGCGGCCUGUUACCAGCCAGACGCGGCGCAACAACAGUGCUAGUCGGUGCCGCCAUGUGGUCGUGUUUGGUGUUUCUGACUGCCCUGGUGCCCGCCUGGGCCCUGCACACACCGCUCGGUCGAUUUUUCCCACCGGCGCCGCCUCACCGAGUCGAUGCCGCCGCUGGACAGCCGCUCUUUCUCACGCCGUACAUCCAGAACGGCAAGAUGCAGGAAGGACGCAAGUUGAGUCGGGUCACCGACCUCCAGACGGACGUUGACAGCUACGCCGGCCUCCUCACCGUCAACGCCACGCACAACUCCAACAUGUUCUUCUGGUUCUUCCCGGCCAAGAACCACGCGGCCGACGCACCCGUCGUCCUCUGGCUGCAGGGAGGACCCGGCGGCUCCAGCAUGUUCGGUCUCUUCGUCGAGAACGGUCCGUUCAGCGUCGACGCCAAGAUGAGACUGCACCCGCGCGACUUCAGCUGGCACAACACACACAGCAUGUUGUACAUCGACAACCCGGUCGGCACCGGCUUCAGCUUCACGAAGAGCAACGACGGCUACGCCAACAACGAGGAAGACGUCGCCCGGGACCUGUACUCGGCGCUAGCGCAGUUUUUCACCCUCUUCGACAGCUACCAGGGUAACGACUUCUACGUCACGGGCGAGUCGUACGCUGGCAAGUACGUGCCGGCCAUCUCCUACAAGAUUCACCAGGAGAACCCCUCGGCCAAGCUGAAGAUCAAUCUGAAGGGCUUGGCCAUCGGAGACGGUUUAUGCGAUCCCAUCGACCAGCUGGACUACGGCGACUUCCUCUACAACGUCGGUCUGAUCACGGCUCGGGACAGAGACAUGUUCAUCCACCAGCAGAACGUAACCGAAGACCUCAUUCGCAGAGGCGAAUACCUGCAGGCAUUUGCUGCCUUUGGUUCCGCUAUGGGGGAGUAUGAGCUCAUCACUGGCCUGGGCUUUGUAUACAACUACCUUCUGCAAAGCACUCCGAAGGAGUUCUCCUACUACCCUGCCUUCCUCACCUCCACGGCUACGCGGAAAGCCAUCCAUGUCGGCAGCUUGGUUUACCACGGCGGCACGGAGGUCUACGUCCACUUAGAGGGAGACUUCAUGCGCUCUGUCCGCGGCAAGAUCGUCACCCUCCUCGACAACGACUACAACGUCAUGAUCUACAACGGCCAGAUGGACGUCAUCAUCGACUACAUCGGCACCGAGAACUUUGUGCGGAAGCUGCCGUGGAAGGGCCAGCAGAAGUUCAUCAACUCGACGCGUCACAUCUGGCGCGUGGACGGCGAGGUGGCCGGCUACGAGCGACACGCCGGCGCCCUGACCCAGGUCAUGGUGCGAAACGCCGGCCACAUUCUGCCCUUCGACCAGCCCAAGUGGGCCUACGACAUGAUCAGCCGCUUCACAUUCGAGAAGACGUUCUAGGAAACGCCUGCAGGCUCGCUGAUUGGAGGACGAGUGUCUUUUGGGCUCAAAUAUUGAUAGAGUACCUAGCCUAACUGGACAAACGUGGCAUGCAUGAAGCUAGUAAUCUGUGUAUAGAUCCUGAACCAUGGCAAGCAAAAUAAACGACAAAAAACAAAUUA